AUGUCUGCACGCUUGGGCGUCUUGUCGACAAUACUCGUGUGCGUUAUAACCUUUGGUGAAGGUGUCUUGGACCGUACUCUGUUGAGGAUAUCUCAUCGUGGAGCUCCCCUGGACAUUCGUCUCGUACCGAAGAUGCUGGCGCAGGCCACCGCUGCCUCUGAUAGAGUGGUGUAUCCUCUCAGCGUUGACGAUCUUGAGUGCGAACGAUGCUUCGCCCAGGAUGGCGCGAUCUUGGACUUGAAGGCUGUGGGCAUCCAAAUCGUGGAAUCCACAUGCUCGGUUGGUCACAGUCAAAUUCUAGGCUACUUGCAAAAGGCUAAAACCAUGCUUGACAUCGAUUUCGACUGCGAUCCUGACUAUGAGGUGUCCAUAAGUCCACUCUUCGAACCGACUGUGGGAACGAAUCCAGAAUGUACCGGCGGUAACCAAGUUCUCUGGACGAACGACCCUGCCUCUUCUUGCCAGCGUAACCUCGAGCUCAUUCGCCUCGGAAAGGCCUGGCGCGCGGCUUCGAGAGGCCACCUUCAAGAUGCCGUCUUGGCUAUCAUCGAUUCGGGAGUUGAUAUGACUCAUCCGGAUUUGGUCGGUCAGUUCUGGGAGAAUCCAGAAGAUGGUUCAAUCGGCUACAACUUCAUUACGAAUACUACCGAUGUUACUGAUGACAAUGGUCAUGGUACUCACUGUGCUGGCAACGCGGCCGCUCAUACUAACAAUCGCAUCGGCAUCGCAGGGGUGGCGAAUGCCAACUUCACAGUACCCUACGUGAAGUUGAUGAUAUUGAAGUUCCUCGGUUCAGAUGGACGUGGUUCUAUCA